AAGUCUGAAGCCUUUUGAUAUUACUACCCAGCACGAACCAUACAAGCUGCAGCAGCAGCAGUUUAAUGAGACCUGCAGCAAGGUCGAGAGUUUGAUUAGUAAGCGUGUGAAAUGGCAGCAAGUGAUGGAGGAUGGCAGGACACAGUGCAUCCAAGAAGUCUGCCCUAUUCUCUCAUGUCCCCAGCACCUCAGUCACAUUCAGUGUUGCCCCAAAUGCUUAGGACAGAGGAAAGUGUUUGACCUCCCAUUUGGAAGCUGCCUCUUUCACAGCAAUGUGUAUGAUAAUGGGUCCUCAUUUAUUUAUGACAACUGCACGAUGUGUACAUGCAAGGAUUCAACAGUGAUAUGUAAGAAGAGGUGCUUACUUCCCAGUGAAUGCAAUAAAAACAAAAACCACUGCUGCAAGGAAUGUGUCUCAUAUACGUCUCCUGAGGAAGUGAAAGUGUGCAAGUUUGGCAAUAAGAUCUUCCAGGAUGGAGAGAUGUGGUCCUCUGUGAACUGCACCAUCUGUGCUUGUGUCAAAGGCAAGACAGAGUGUCGCAAGAAACAGUGCGUUCCAGUCAGCAGCUGUCCUCAUGGUAAAAUCCUGAACAGAAAAGGAUGCUGUCCUAUUUGCACUGAAAAGCCUGGAGUUUGCACUGUAUUUGGAGACCCUCACUACAACACUUUUGACGGACGGACAUUUAACUUUCAGGGAACAUGUCAGUACGUUUUGACGAAAGACUGCUCCUCCUCUGCCUCGCCCUUUCAGGUGCUGGUAAAAAACGAUGCCCGUCGGACCCGUUCUUUCUCCUGGACAAAGUCAGUGGACCUUGUGUUGGGCAGAAGCACUAUCAGCCUCCAGCAGCACCUCACAGUGAAGUGGAACGGGACCCGCAUCUCACUGCCUUGCGAGACAUCGCAAUUUCGGAUCGAUUUGGAUGGUUAUUUGCUAAAAGUGACAACCAAAGCAGGCCUGGAAAUCUCAUGGGAUGGAGACAGUUUUGUGGAAGUCAUGGCGGCCCCGCACCUGAAAGGCAAACUCUGUGGCCUGUGUGGCAAUUACAACGGGCACAAGCGAGAUGACCUGAUCGGGGGGGACGGGAAUUUUAAGUUUGACGUGGAUGACUUUGCCGAAUCCUGGCGCGUGGAGUCCAACGAGUUCUGCAGCCGCCCGCAGAGAAAACCCGUGCCCGAGCUCUGUCACGGGACGGUCAGGGUGAAGCUCCGAGCUCACCGGGAGUGCCAGAAACUCAAAGCGUGGGAGUUUCAGAGCUGUCAUUCAACGGUGGAUUAUACCACGUUUUACCGGUCCUGCGUGACAGACAUGUGUGAGUGCCCGGCCCAUAAAAACUGCUUCUGCGAGUCGUUCCUGGCCUAUGCCCGAGCCUGUCAGAGGGAAGGGCUGAAAGUCCAGUGGGUACCGGAGCAGAACUGUGCAGCAACCCAGUGUAAACACGGUGCAGUUUAUGAUACCUGUGGCCCAGGAUGUGUCAAAACUUGUGACAACUGGAACGAGAUCGGCCCAUGCAACAAGCCCUGCGUUGCAGGGUGCCACUGUCCGGCAAAUUUAGUCCUUCACAAAGGAAGAUGCAUCAAGCCAGUCCUGUGCCCACAGCGAUGACAUCCGUUCUCUUUCCACGGACACUAGCGUGGGCGUUGCUGACCCCUGCGGUGCUCACAGCCAGUGAAGGACUCCAGAGCUUUGUGUGCAAAUUCUGCAAAGUACACGUCUACUCACAGAGUGUAAAUAUGCUCCUGUGUGUGUAUUUAUGUGUGUUUAUGUAUACACACAAGGCACCUGGAAAGAUACACAAAUGUGUACUGUGUGUACGUAGAUACACAUAUCUAUACACAAGUGCCCUAAACGUAAGUACAACCCAUAUAUUUAUAUAUAUGUCCACACACACAAAUAUACAUCAUUUCUAUAUAUCAUAGAAGGAUGAAUUAUUAUAUGUAUAUUUUUUGCUAUAAAGUUUAUGUAUUAUUAUUUCUAGGACCCUGAUCUGUAAGUCAUUGUAUAAAUAAACCAGGUGUUUUUAAUAUAA